AUGUCGUCGCGAUUCUUUCACGGAGGCGACUCCGACAGCGAAAGCAGUUCUUCGGAGGAGGAAGAACUCUACGGUGAUCGCGAGGAGGAAGAGGAAGAAGAAGCGGAAGAAUCUGAAGAAGAGGAAGAGGAGUCAGAGGAAGAGUCUUCUGAAGAUGAAGGCCGUGGUAUGGGCGCCAGCCGCUUCUUGAAGCCUUCAGGACCUGGGGGGGAGGAAUCCGAAGAGAGCGAAGAUGAAGAUCGCGAGAGAGUGGUCAAGAGUGCGAAGGACAAGAGGUUUGAAGAAUUAGAAAGCACGAUCAGAUCAAUUGAGAAUGCGGAAAAGAUCAACGAUUGGGCUGUCGUUUCUUCAGAAUUCGACAAAAUGAAUCGACAAGUCCUCAAGGUCACUCAGCAAGGCGCCACCCCAAAACUCUACAUCAAGAUGAUUGCCGACCUGGAAGACUUGAUCAAUGAGACGAACGACAAGCAGAAAUCCGGUGCGAAGAAGAUGAAUCCCAUCAUGGCAAAAGGUUUCAAUGCCAUGAAACAAAAGAUCCGGAAGAACAACAAAGAAUAUGCUACCGAGAUUGAGAAGUAUCGAGCCAACAAGGAGGAGUUCAUGGAGUCAGAAGAGGAAGAGCCGUUGGAAGUUGAACAGAGGACUCGCAGGAACAAGGUCCAAAGACUUGAUGCUAUCGAGGCUGCCAUAGAUGAAGAAGGCUUUGCGACAGUCGGCAGAGGUGGCAAGGCUCUUGUCUACACACCGGAGAGUAUUCUGAAGCAUCUCCGCACGAUCAUCGAGUCAAGAGGAAAGAAGAACACGGAUCGAUCUGAACAAAUCCGUAUUAUGGAGCGACUGUUGGACGUUGCCAACACACCAUAUCAGCGGAUACGCGUCCUCUUGACCCUGAUCUCCACCAGAUUCGAUGUCACGACAUCCUCGGUCCAAGCCUACAUGUCGCAAGAGUCAUGGCGAUCUGCAGAGCGCGAAUUUUCAACUCUACUGCAAACACUAGAAGAUGAACCUCAGUAUAUGGUGACUGAGGCAGCCGAAGAAUGGGAAGAUGAUGAGAAACAACCGAACCCCGCCGCGGGCGAGAUAUUCAAGAUCCCGGGCAGCAUCGUAUCCCUUGUCGAGAGACUGGAUGACGAAUUGACGCGCUCUCUCCAACAGACCGACCCACACACUGCCGAAUACAUCGAGAGAUUGAGCGACGAACAGCUUUUGUACACCGACAUUGUUCGAACACUCAUUUACAUCGAAACCAUCAACAAGAAGUUGGAGAAAUCUGAGAACAAGCAAGACAAUGUCAACCGCACAACCAUCCGACGGCUGGAACACAUCUACUUCAAACCCACACAGGUCGUGAAAAUCCUCGAAGAGAAGACCUGGGGCGCCAUUCCGUCAUCCCUAAACUCCGAACUCACGCCACGAGGAAAAUUCACCGAAGUCGCUGCACUUGUUCAGACGCUGUGCAACCAUCUAUUCGAGUACAGCGAGGGUAUCAUUCGUGCACGUGCCAUGCUCUGCGAGAUCUACUUCCUGGCCUUACAGGACGACUAUUACCGCGCCCGUGAUCUCGCACUGAUGAGCCACUUGACCGAAAAUAUCUCCUCCUUCGACGUCUCGACACAGAUUCUGUUUAACCGUACCCUAGUACAGAUCGGUCUCUGCGCCUUCCGUGCAGGCCUCUGCUACGAAGCUCAAGGGGUCUUACAGGAAAUCUGCGGUUCGGGCCGACAGAAGGAACUCCUAGCUCAGGGUGUAAUCAUGCAACGCUACAAUACCGUCACGCCGGAGCAAGAACGCCUUGAGCGGCAGCGUCAACUUCCUUUCCACAUGCACAUCAACCUGGAGCUGCUCGAAUGUGUCUACCUGACCUGCAGCAUGUUGCUGGAAAUCCCAUUGCUAGCACAAACCGGUUCAUCGCCGGACGUUCGCAAGCGUGUCAUCUCCAAGACAUUCCGCCGCAUGCUCGAAUACACGGAGCGGCAGGUCUUCCAGGGCCCUCCGGAAAAUACGCGUGACCAUGUCAUGCAAGCGGCUAAAGCCCUUGCACAAGGCGACUGGAAGAAAUGCCAGGAAUUGAUCGGCAAAAUCGGCAUUUGGGAUCUCCUCGGCCCCGACAACAAGGAAAAGGUCAAGAAGAUGCUCGCGGAACAGAUCCAGGAGGAAGGCCUUCGGACUUAUUUGUUCACCUACGCUCCGUAUUACGACACCUUGUCUAUCACGACUCUUUCAGGCAUGUUCGAGCUAGACUCCAAGAAAAUUGCAGCGGUGGUAUCCAAAAUGAUUUCGCACGAGGAACUCGCUGCCGCCCUCGAUCAGGUGAACGAUGCUAUUGUCUUCCGGAAGGGCGUGGAGCUAUCGCGCCUACAAAGCCAGGUCAUCACGCUGGGCGAAAAGGCGAUGGGUAUCUUGGAGUCGAAUGAGAAGGUGCUCGAGACGAGAACGGCGGGCAUGGUAAACGCAUUCUCAGCCCAAGGACAGAGAGGGGCAGGCAGGGGUGGAAGAACCGGAGGAAGGACCGGGUUGCCGGGUCUGCCGAGACAGGGACAGCAGGGAGCACGGAGACCUGGGGGGCAGCAAUUCAGUGGAGGAGCGUUGGGAGGGGCAAUUAAGGCUUGA